AGAACCAGAAGAACACCCUUCCCCCAUUCUUCACCAUGGCAACAACUAGAAGGUCCUUGUGAUGUGACCAUGAUGUCUGGCCUGGAGAAAGUCUAGACUAGCCAACACAGAGAACACAAUAUUUAAAUUGGAAAAAGAUGAAUUUUGACCAGAAGGCUGUGAAGUUUUUGGCAAAUUUUUAUAUGAAUGGAGGUCAACAUUGGACCCAUGGUGGUAUACAGACAAAGCAGCCAGUACCUCCCAGCAGCGGGAAGAAGUUGUCUGGGAUCCAUCAAGUCCUAUCUGCCCAUCCCCAUUUAGAAAGAUGGGAGUCUAUGAAACAUCCAGUGCCCCAGGAUCUUCAAAAAAUUCCUCUGGAGGUAACCAGCCUGUUACAGGAUCCACAUCUUUGCCGGGUCAGGAAUAUAAAAGAACUCACUCUAGAAAGACGACCUCCGAUCCUGAUAGACAUGGAUGUUCCGGGGCCCACCCAGUACUCUGCACCUGAUGUGAGCAUCCGGGAGUCUACACCACAUCCUCACUACAGCAUUAGCUGCAAGACACCCACUCGGGAUGGUGGUGGUCGCAGGGCAUGGCAAACAACCUGGUUCCAGAGUGAAAGCCCCUUCACACAGAAGGCAGAUUUCGUCAAGGAGCAGAAGUGGCCAUCUCCAUUCCACUACACACAGCCCUGCAGUCUGGGACCCCUGCAGCCCAGCCGACCCAGCUUCCCUGCCUAUAGCUUUGGCCACAAGAGGCUGAAUACCAAGGCCAAGGAAACUCGGCCCAGCCCCAACACCUACAAUGUUCUCCCAGGCUUUCAGCUUAAAGGACCUCGAUCUCCUGCUUUCUCAAUGAGCCGGUCCCAGACCUUCAACAGUUGGAUCAGUCCUGACUUUGGUGGUCUGCACUAUCCUAUCUGGCCCUGCCUGCCCUCAGCUGGGGCUGCUGCUGUGUGCUGGGAUCAGGAGUGUUCUGGCUUCCUUGGGGUUGAGUAGGUGGCUGAUUUUGAAGCACUUGAUUUCCGGAACCACUUGAUCCCCUCCCACCCUGCAUGGUGCCUGCAGGGGCCAUGACCAUCAUUCUCAUGCUCCAAGGGAAAAAAGGCAAAGUGGACAUACCUGGGAGAAAUGACAUCAAAUUUUAAACAUGAAAUAAUCUUUUCCAUUUUGGUUUGAACAAGUCAUCCUCAGCGAAACCAUGACAAUGCAUUCUGUACUUAUCAACUAAGGGGUUAAUGGGAGUCAGUUGCAUUGUUUAUAAAAAAGACAGGGAGGAACUUUUCAGAGGCUCAAAAUUCUUUAUUUGGGCUAAUGUGUAUCCCCUGAUAAGUGAUGCUUAUAGUGACCAUUGCAUCAUAGAUUUUGAGCCAGAAGGAGCCUCAGACCAUGCAGUCCAAUCAUUUUACCAAAAAGAAAACAGGCUCAGAGAGAUGGUGAUUUCAAUUACAUUAAAGCAGAAGAAUUGGGAUUUGAGCUCAGCUUGUCAGACACCAGAUCCAACAUUCUUAACUCCAGAUAUAUGCUUGAGGUUCAAGAGCUGAUCCUAGAGUUACAAAAGAGUGAUCCCAUUCCCCACACCACUGUUUUAAGAGAACCUUGUCUACAAUGCUAUAGAACUCUUAGGAAAUCAUCUACUCUUACUGUGGGAAAGGUCAUCUAGUUCAGUCCCCUGCAUGAGGCAGGACUCCCCUCUCCAAUUCCCAGGGAAUGGUAACCCAGGCUUUCCCUGAAGACCUUCAGUCCAUUCCACUUUUGCUCCUCUGUAAUUACUAAGUUUUUCUUUGCCUUGAUUUUUCCAUUUGUUUUUGUAAUGCCUUCUGAAGACCAAGCAGAAUCAAGUGAAUCCCAGUUCCACAUGGCAAUCUUAAGAGAUUUGAAUGCGGGUCCUCCCUUGCUAUUGCCUCUCUUCAUAGCUUCAGGUUUCUUCACCUUCAGGGUCCCCUUCCUCUGGAUGGGUCUUUUUUUGGCCUGGGCAGACUCUGGGCCCCACAGUCCCGUGUCCAAGCUCUCUGCAUGUCUUUAUUUCCUUCAGGAGGCUUCCUUACGGCCAGUCAUUGCUCUUUCCAAGUUAUUUUUGAAGAGUUCACCAAAACCUCUCCUACAAGGCUGAGGCUAGAAUACCCUCAUGUCUUACCUCAGCCUGAGAUGCUUGCCUGUCUCCAGAAGUCAUAGCUCCGCAAUCCCAUGUCAGUUCUUCCAAGUUGGGGCCUGAGGUCCCAAGGUCAACUCUGAUCUUUUAGGGGACCAACAAUCUAGUGUGACUCAGCCGGCCUGAAAAGCAGCCUCAAUUUCCAUAGCCCUGGUGUGGCCGGGGCAGCUGGCAGAGAGUCCUCAGGAGGCACUGUGCCUUUCCUAGCGGGGAGUUUGCAGGACUGUGCUCCCAGACCCUCUGUAAGCUGUGGGGUGACUUGGGUCAUAUGUUCAUUCCUCUGCCAAGAGCUGCAGAAAUAAGGGGGCAGGAACCACUUCGGGGUGGGACACUCAAGUUGGGGCCAGAGGCAGGUCCUAAGUGGAUAUAGGAGACUCUGGGAGCUUGACCAGAACCAGGCCUUAGAAACCUCUGGCCCCUUUCCAGCCUAAGCCUCCAUGACUCCUGGAUGACCUUAAAGGCUGAUUCCCUCUACUUAUUUCCUAGUUCCAGCUUAGUUUCUCCUUUGAGGUCAGCUCAGAUUUAGCAUGAACCUAUGUGUUCCACUUGGAGAAGUGCUUUUAUCUGAUUCUCCUUGGGCUAUAAAUACUUCAGUGCAAGAAUGAAGUCAUCUUGGGAGUGGCUGGUAUGGGGCCGGGAGGGGCCUGGCUUUGGCUCUCCUCAUACAGGAACCCACAUGAAGAAGCUAGAAAAGGUCUGGUGGGCAGAGAAGACCCAGGGCCUGGACUUAGGCGGUUGAGAGCUCCAUGCAGAAGACCAUCUCUCAGAUGGAUAUGCAGAUAAUGCUACCCUGAGCUUCCCCAUUCUGUUCCACAGUCAAUCCUUUUACCCCACCACUCUCCUAACUUCCAGUCUGUCUGUCCCUGUGAGGGGUAGGGGGAGGGAGUGAGGGGGAGGGGAGGGAGAAAGCAGGGUAUCUGGAUCAUUGUUAUAGUGAGAUGGCAUCGUGGUAGUAUGUAUGUGUAUAUAUAUUACAUACAAUAUAUAUACACACA